AUGCCGGCGACCGUGCUGACCGGCAUCGUGACGAAGGCGGGCGUCAUGGCCAAGACCGUGACGAUGACCGUCGAAAAGAUCAAGAUGCACCCGAAACUGCUCAAGACGUACGUGCGCCACAAAAAGUACCUCGUGCACGACCCCGACUCGACGCUCCGCAUCGGCGAGCGCAUCUCGGCACAGGCAUGCCGCCCGCUGAGUGCGCGCAAGCGCUUCACGCUGCUCGAGCGUCUCGGAUUCAAGGAUAUGCCGGUGACGCACGGCGAGGGCGGCGCAGAGGCCGACCAGCUCCGCCGCCUCAAGGCCGACGCCGCAAUGUCGGCUGAGCAGCGCGAGCGCCUGCGCAUCGAACAGCGCGUCAAGAACGAGAUGCGUGGCCGCCCGUAG